AUGACAGUUUUGAUGCUUCUCUUCGUGAUAUCAUAUUAUUCCAUCAUUCUUGAAGGACCAGGCUACUUACCGUUCUAUUAUCCUUUGAAAAUGGCGAAACGAAAGGGAAAUCACUCGGACUACUUAGCAGGUGUAGUUUCAACCAAAAUGCAAGAAGCAUACGUUAGUGGACAAAAAGUACCUACUCGCGUUAACUAUUUUAAGUCUGCAAGGAGAUAUGUUAUUCGACCAGACCAUUUUUGUGGUUGGACCGGAUCAUUUAUCGGCAAAAAGAAUCACAAAUUAUUCUUUACAUUUAAUUUUUGGGGAUCUAUUUACAUUGCUUUAUUUACAAUUUUUUCAUAUUUUUCGGUUAGAGUUCAAACAAAUAUUUUCAACAACAAUGCAUUCUUUCUCGCAAUUAGCAUAAUUUAUAUACUUCUUGGCCUUUUCUUCUUCUUAAUGACCUUUAACUUUGCAAUUCUAUCGCUUGUGAGGUUUGCAAACAACAAGACCCAGUUCGAGUUAAUGAAGAAGCAAGAAGGUCACCCAUUCAGGAGGUCCUGCAUUGAAAACUUUGAAGAUGUCUGCGGACCUCGAAAAUACAUGUUCUUAUGGCUAUUUCCUAUUGGUGCAUUUCAUGGAGUUCCAGAUGAAGACCUUUUAUACGCAAGCACAACUGUUGAUAUUCUAUAA